AUGGAUCACAGAACUGCACAAUGGACAGUUGCCCCAAAUGGAGGCUGGGAAGGCCUGCACUGCAACAAUGAAGCAUCUGUCAGUGAAAUUGGACCCCGAGAUUGCUUAAUAGAGAUCCAAGCUGUGUCAUUGAAUUACCGUGAUGUUGCCAUUCCAAUGGGUGCUUAUCCGAUGACCUCUCAUGCCGGCAUUGUUCCCUGUUCCGAUGCCGCCGGAAUAAUAACUGCUGUUGGAAAAUCAACAUCUCGGUUCCAAGUCGGUGAUCGCGUCUGCACAGCAUUCAAUCCAGCACAUCAAUCCGGCUUAACCUCACCCAAGAAGCGCAAUUACAGCCUUGGGAACGUAGCCGACGGUGUUCUGCGAAAGUAUGCUGUGUUCCAUGAAACCGCGUUAGUGAGAGCUCCCCAUACCUUGACUAGUAUCGAGGCAUCAACACUAUCCUGUGCUGCUGUCACAGCUUGGAAUUGCCUUUUUGGUUUGAAGGGUCGCGCUCUGACUCCCGGAGAAUGGGUCCUCACUCAGGGCACUGGAGGGGUUAGUCUCUUUGCUAUUCAGAUUGCUCUCGCAGCAGGUGCCACCGUUGUCGCAACUACAUCUUCGAAGGAUAAAAUAGCCAAGUUGAAAGAUAUGGGAGUGCAACAUGUUAUAGACUAUACCGAAGAGUCUAAUUGGGGUGAAUGUGCGAAGAUGCUAUCACCUGGUGGGGAAGGUGUUCAUCACGUCAUUGAAGUUGGAGGCGAGACGACGAUGCCAGAAUCACUUAAGGCUAUUCGGAUGGAGGGAGUUAUAUCGGUUGUUGGGUUCCUUGGAGGUGCUGAAUCUGAACGGAAGUGUGGCUUCGUGGAUUGUUUGAGGACUUUGGCGAUUGUUAGAGGGAUCACAGUGGGCCCAACAGAGCAGUUCGAAUUGUGUAAUGCAUUUAUCGACAAAUUUGGUAUUAAACCGGUGAUCGACGAUACAGUCUUUGGAUUCGACCAAGCACGAGAGGCGUUCCAGUACCUAUGGAACAAGAAGAACUAUGGCAAGGUGGUGAUUCAAAUUGGUUAG